UAUCUCGUACAUGAUUUGCACACCGCAUCAGGAAAUGCGAAAACCUUGACAAGGAAGAAGUUCACUUUCUAGAACGUUGAUUAUAUUGUUAAAGCUGUUUGUGGAAUCUACUCAAAACAGAUAUCUGCUGAUUUUCGCUCAUUGGAAGAGCCAUUUUUUCAAAACUAUUAAAUGAACUCGCGAGAUGAGCUCAUCUCCGUAUAACUGGCAAUCUGAGAAAACUUCUGUGCAGGAUGCAAUCUCCUUCCUCUUUAACAACGAAAUAGUGAGCGAUGUACAUUUUAUGGUCGGGAAAGGCACUCAGAGGCGACGAAUUCCUGCCCACAAAUUUAUACUCGCUGUAAGAAGCGCUGUUUUUGAUGCUAUGUUCAAUGGUGGAAUGUCAACAGAGUCAGACGAAGUGGAACUACCCGACGUUGAAUAUUCAGCUUUCCACUCCUUGCUUCGAUUUAUUUAUACUGACGAAGUACAAAUUGGACCCGAAACAGUAAUGACGACUCUUUACACGGCCAAAAAAUACGCGGUGCCAACUCUGGAAAACGCCUGCGUGGAUUUCUUAAAGAAGAAUUUAAGUCCAGAUAACGCUUUCAUGUUGUUGAGCCAAGCCAGACUGUUUGAUGAACCUCAAUUAGCAGACCUAUGUCUCGAAUGUAUUGACAAGAACACUGCAGAGGCGAUUGCAGCGGAAGGCUUUACUGAUAUUGAUUUUGAAACACUUUGUGUCGUUUUGCAAAGAGACACUUUGUCCAUCCGCGAAAGCCUUUUGUUCGCUGAAGCUUUGAGGUGGGCUGAACACGAAUGUCAACGCAGGAGAAUACCCUCCACUCCUGAAAACAAAAGAAAUGUUCUUUCAAGGGCCCUGUACAUGAUCCGCUUUCCGCUAAUGACCAUAGAGGAGUUUGCAGCUGGUGUUGCACAGUUUGGAAUCCUCACUGACAGGGAGGCAGUCAGCUUGUUUCUUUACUUCACUGUCAACCCUAAGCCUGAGGUCAAUUUCUUGGACAAGCCACGCUGUUGUUUGACUGGUAAGGAAAAAGCAGUUUGUCGCUUCCAAAAAGUUGAGAGUCGUUGGGGUUACAGUGGUACAAGUGACAGGAUACGAUUCACAUGCAGUCGAAAGAUCUUUGUGGUGGGUUUUGGCCUUUACGGAUCAAUGUAUGGUCCAAGUGACUAUCAAGUAACUAUUCAAGUCAUUGUGACAGAGACAGGAAAAAUUCUUGGCCACAAUGAAACAGCAUUCAGCAGUGAUGGCAGCGACUCCACUUUCCGUGUUAUGUUUAAGGAGCCAAUUGAGAUUCAAGCUGGAGUAAGUUACACUGCCAGUGCAACUUUGAAGGGUCCUGAUUCACACUAUGGCACUUCAGGUGGAAAGAAAGUUGUUUUUGAAACAGAGCAGAAAGAAAAGAUAACUUUCCAGUUUUCAUAUGCCACUGGAAACAAUAAUGGUACCUCCAUAGAGGAUGGACAGCUACCAGAACUAAUUUUUUACACCUGAUCAGGAAACAACUGUAUACAUGUAGAAGGACUCUAAAGAAAUCAUCAUAUACAGUGUACACUCAAAAAAUUUUCCCGGUUAUUGUACAUAUGUCAUUAUUUUGUUUGAGUUUGCUUUCUGUUUAGCACCUGCUCUUCUGGGCUUCAAUGUUUUGAAUGCUUUGCUUGAGGUUAAAUUAGUUUUAAGGACAACAAGCUGUCUACCCUGUAUAUUGUAGCCUAAGAUGACCUUUAUUUUGUAAUGAUUAAUUAUCACACUUAAAAGUGUGAAAAAAGAGGAUAAGAAGUGUAUUGAAAAGUAAAUAACAAAUCUUCCAUAUAAAUAGGAGACUGCAACUAAUAAGGUUAGACAUUAAGAUGUGAGAGUGCAUAGUAAUGAGGUGAUAUUAAUAUUCUGUGGAGGCACUGAAACAGGCUCUCAUGUAGAGAAAGUUGAAAUGUAGUGAAAGAUGAUAAAAAUUUGCCAUACUGUCCUGCUUUUUUUGGGAAAGAGUUUGGGUGGAGUAGGAAACUUCUCUGACCAGUUAUGGGAUGUGUGAGCCAUGUACAUACAUGGGCCAUUGAAGAAAAAGGAAAUUCACGGAUUUUACAUUAGAUCUAUCAUCAAGAAUGGAAUUAAUUUCUUGAUGUGCCUCACCUGUGUCACUUUCUUUCUUUCAAGGGGGAUAGUUAUGCAAAAAUGUUUUUAUGUGACUCCAGAGAGAAGUUAGUACAGCUUUAAGGAGUACCUUGGGCUUAUGAACAUUUACUGGAACAUAUCAUAAGUUUAAUCUUCUAACCCUGAAUAUCUCAAUCAGUAGUUCUCCUUUUUUUGUCUGUCAUACAUUUCUCAUAAUUGUCAUUUGAGAAUUUGGUGUUUGGUUGAAAAAUCAUCUCCUAGUAAUAUUUUCAUUUACUCUCAUCACUUGUGUGCAUGACAUAGUACUGAAAUUGGAGAGAGAAACUGAUCUUAGUCACUCCUGGGUGUGGAAGGGUCAUCAAACUAAUGAAACUUCAUAAAAACCAUUCAGUAUAUUGAAAUUAAAUUAUUGUCCCAAAGAUGUCUUAUAAAGUAAUUGCCAGCAUGAUUAGGAGUAAUUUAUUCAGGUGUAUAGCCAGCUUCUCCACCUGUUGUAAGCCUGUGCCCAAAGAAAGUUCCAUUUUUGUUUCAGAGUUAGUGAGAGCUGUCUUAUAAAAGUCAAUGAGCAGAAAUAAAUUGUAUGCCCAGAUCAACUGGACUAUAGGCUGGCUAUGCCCCUGUUUAUUAUCUCAUAGUAAAUUUUUGCUAAUUUGUUGAACUACUGGUAUAUGUAAGAUCUUUUUUGUUAAAGAUGCUUUCAUUACAACUUUAGUUUGCCUCUGGCCUUUCUUUAACAGUUACUCCGAGCUGUAAACAAGUGUGUUCUUUAGACUCACAUUUGAAUUUGCCAUCAAAUUUAUUAAAUGUGACUGACAUUGAAUUAAAUUUUGUAUUGAUCGUGU